GUCAAUUCUCUCUCCUCAACCUCUUAAUUUUUCUUUCAUCUAAUACUUGAACAAAUAAUUUUAUUAUAAGCUUGGAGGAUUCACGAACAAAUUCUCUCUCCCUCUGAAAUCGCACCACUGCACGGCAACCGCAACUGGCCAUCGGCCACCUGCCACCUGCCACCUGCCACCGGCGGCGAACUGUUUCAGGCUUACUCUGUGCGAGCGGGCCAACUCCGAAUUUAGUUUUUUUUCUUGAAUAUUCUUGAACUGGUUACAAUUGGUCAGCCACUUGGUAUAGACGAGAUCCGAUUAGAGGUGUUACCUUGAUCACUUGGUACCACUGUAGAAGAAAGGAGGGUAGGAAGAAGAAAACAACAGAAGAAAUAAAAGAAAAGGAAAUGGGAUCAGAAACUAUACAUGCUGUGAAAGUUUGUAAGCACCUUCUUAAAUCGGUGAAGAAGCACAUUGGACAGGAGGACUACAAGCGCCACUUUACAGAUUUUAUCAAGGAAGAAUUUAAGAAGAAUGAUAAACUGUCUGAUCCAUCCUCUGUCCAGAAUAAACUGAAGCUUGCUCGGGAUUACACUUUUUUGCUUAAUAGUAUCCAUCAUCAGAAGGAGCUCCUAUUCUCUUACAACAUUGCCGUGGAUAGGACAGAAGAGAUGAAAAGAACACUUGGAAAAUCAGCUGCAAGUGUAGGGCUUCAGCUUCCUGAGGUUUAUCAGUCUUGACCCUGACAUUCGUGGCGUUUCUCCCCUCCCCUUUUGUAGCCUACAAUAAGCAGACUAGUUAUAAGUAAAAUUGAUCUCAACACUUGAACUAUAGUACAUGUGCAUCAAAUAUCUCUAAAUACGACUUACAGCCAGAACACUCCAAAAUACAGACGUGGGUGCAGUUUGUAUCAUAAUUGAGGUCGUGAUCAGAAUUCUCACCAGCUACAAGUCGAGUGCUAUAUAUUGGGCAUCCAUAGAAACAUUUUCCUUGAUUGUGGAUGAGCUUCCAAGUAGCUGGAUUAUUGCAGGCAAUCAAUGUCGACAAUAAACCCUACCAUUACCUAAAAUGGUAUUUGAAUUCUUCUUGAAACUUGAAGAUGAAGUUGUCAUUGUUAUGCGAAUUUCACUCUUUCAGAAUUUAAGGUUCAUUUGGGAAGAAAGAGGGAAUUUGGGGAAGUAAGAGGAAAUUUGAGGAUGAGUGUCUUUUCGUUCAGUUGAGGAGGGAGAGGAUGAAGACACACGCCUUUUCUUUUGUUUAAGUAAAAAAAAUUAGGCUCAAAAAAGAAGAAAAUAAGAAAGGGGAGAGAAUCUGGUGAGAAUUCUGGGCACCGACUUCAUUUAUGGUACGGACUGCAUUCAGGUCCGUACUUUUGGGUGUUUAAGCUAUAAGCCGUAGUUGGGGCUGUUUGGUGUACCUGCGUUAUAGUUCAUGGUGUUGAGACCAAUUUUGCUUAAAUAAUAUAGAAAUAACAAGAUAUAUUGAGCAGCAGCCAAUCUAGAGCAAUGCAUCAUAGAGAAAUUUAGAGAAUAAGACAAUUCAACACAACCUUUCCAUUAUGAUCUUAUGUUUGGCGCAAAGGUGUAGAUACAACCAUUACGUUAAUUAUUGAAAAACAGACAACAGAGUAAGUCUUCUUUAAGUGCAUGGACUGAUAAACAUAGAGAUAACUAAUGCAGCUAGGUAGCUAGUUACUCUGAAAAUGCUUUUCCCUGCGAGAGGACACCCCAACUAAAAGGUAUUUGAUUGUAGCAAUCAAGGUGCUCCCCAUAGCUAAUCCCAAGGAUAUCACAGUAACGCUUGUAAUAUCCAAUUCGAUUCUCGACUCGGGUAUCUGGGGCUGGAAUGUUGCAUUCGAGACCACCAUUGAUUAUAUUUGUGGUUACCCCUAAUCCGGGCAACCGAUUUCGUUGUAUAUCUCCUUGAGUUGGUACCCAUUUCCCGGUCAUGACGGCGUGGCAGGAUGGCUUGGGUGCUUGAGGCGUCAUCCAGAACCAAAGGGCGGUCUUGAACGCAAUAAUUGGUUCAUUUUCUACCAACGAUGGAUUAGAAAGAAGCGGCAAGUCUAGUGCAACUCCUGCUUGUCCGUAAUUGUAGUUGCUGCAUGAUUUAACCCAAGAAAGAACACGUAUAUUAGUUUAGGAGUGUAAUGCUAGAGCUGUACAACUUGGAGUAUAAUUAUUGCUCAAAACUUCAAACACAAUAUUCAGUGAAAAUGAGUGCACAGAUCCGGACAAUUUGUGGAUUCACAAUUAACUUUUAAUUUUUCGAUAUAACAUUUUAAGUUUUGAUUGUUUGAGGCUAUUACUUGUUAGUAGCCAAAACUAAUCUUUCGAUACAACCUUAUUUCACCGCAAAAAAAUAGUCAACCAGUUAUAGAUCUAGAUAUUGACAUUUCUUUUCAAAGAAAUAUAUCCGGUUGAUAUAUAUUAGUAUGUAUUUAUAAACACACGAUCCUGAAAAAUAUGGGGACAUUUGGCAUUUGAAACAAUGUCAAGUGUUGAUAUCUAGACUAAUAUAUACGCUUGAUUAAAUAACUGUGGGCCAUUUCCUCUUUUUACAUGAUUUAAUUCAUGUUUUGGGUCAUAUGAUGCCCAAAUAUGAAUUGAGUCAUUCUAUGACCCAACCUAAAGUAUGCAAAAGUCAUGAGUGGAAGGCCAUGUUUUUUUUAACCUUCAUGAAUGACCCAAUUUUAUGGUCAAUUUGUCCAUAAACGAGGAUGAUCUUAGUAUCAAGAUUAUUUCCGGAAGCCGUGUACCACAAGGGUAGCAAGUCUAGUUGCUCAAUGACGAGUAAAUAAGAAGCCCAAUAUAACACCAAGAGCAAAAAAAAAAAAAAAAAAACACAAAGGAAAA